AUGGUGAAGCGCAGCACGACGAGCAAGUUCCCCAUCGCGCGCAUCAAGCGCAUCAUGCAGGCAGACGAGGAUGUCGGCAAGGUAGCACAGGCAACGCCGGUGGUCAUCUCGAAAGCACUUGAGCUGUUUAUGCAGGACAUUGUCGAGAAGGCGGCGGAACAGACGCGCUCCACCGGCGGCAAGCGUGUGUCUCCCUAUCAUCUGAAACGCGCAGCCCAGGCGACAGAAAUGUUUGAUUUUCUCAAGGAUAUUGUCGACAAGGUGCCGGAUCCUCUCGAAUCGGGCGGCGCACGCACCGAGCCCAAGGCGGAAGAUGAGGCUGACGAGGUUGCGAAAGCGGAUGAGGAGGCCAACGAGGGCGCCAAGGCCGAGGCCCCUGUCAAGACGGAGCUGCCUGCGUCACCAGACGCUGCGCCGACCGAACCUCCCAUCAAGGAAUCCGACGACAGCGAAGAGUAA